AUGGAUCGGCGCUGCAUCACACGCGAAGAAUGCCUUUUCGGGCCUGAUGUUGUCCAGUUGAAUCCUUCCUGCUUUGGACAAUCACGUCGCGAAGUUGAUUUACCCCGCAGCAACAGUGGUGAGAGCAGUUCUGGCUCCACCGAGUUGGCUAACACUUUUAUCUCAAACCAUGUCUUUGAUGUUGCUGACAGUCUUGGCAAUCAGUCUGGUAGCGUCACCUACUCUGCUCCUCUGACAGCUCUCCAAAAUGGCCAGAAGUGGAAUAAACCAAGAAUAAAAGAAGCUUCCGCUCUCUCAGAUACCGUCUCCACGACCGGAGUGAAUGUAGACGGAGGCGGUCUUUCUAGCUCUUCGGCUGGGACCCUAGAAGAUCAUGUUGGCGAUAGUAUUUGGGGCAGCGUAUCCAUCGGGAGCGGCGUUCCUUGUCCUCAGACAAGUCUGAACGUGAUUUACCAAGGCGCCUGCCUUCCUUUCUGCACCGUUGGUUAUGUCCGCCAUCCAAAGACCGGCGAAUGCCAAGCUUGUCCGGGCGGACAAUGCGAAUCUGCUCGAGGUUGGUUUUCGCUUUCCUUUACAUAA